AUGAUUAGUCUUAUAAAACUGGGGAAGGUCAUUGAUUUGUCUCCAAGAAAGAAAUUUUUUUUUUUUUUUAGAACAAUCAAAGGACGAAGGAGAAAAGAGAAAUAUGAAGAUUUAGAAAAUAAGCAUUUAUAUUGGUGUGUUAAUAAUAUGAAGAAAGAAUAUUUAGAUAAGGGUUCUGAUGAUUUAGUAGAAAUAAUAGAAAAUGAUGAUAUCGAAGAACAGCUUUCUGAUAUUGUUGGAAUAAAAACAAAUAUACCAAGUAAUAGUUGUAUCAAUGAGAAUGCAAAAAAGUUAUAUAUUCAUGAACAGAAAAAAAAUGUUAUAGAAAGAUCAAAAAUUGAAGAAAUAAAUAAAAUUUUCAAUCCUUCUUUGGAUGUGUUAAAAGAUAAAGAGUUAGAGUUUUCAAGUGAUGCUGAUAAUUAUUUAAUAAGAAAGGAGAUAGAAAAUAGAACGGAUAAUAUAAUCAACAAUAAUAAUAAUAAUAAUAAUAUUAAUAGUAAUAAUAAUAAUAAUAGUAAUAAUAAUAAUAAUAGUAAUAAUAAUAAUAAUAGCAAUAAUAAUAAUAUUAAUUGGGAUGCUCCCUUUUUUGAUAUAAAACAAGGAAAGGAAAAUAUAAAUAAUAAUAUGAGUAAAAAUGUGAAUAAGUUAUCAGAUGAUAAUUCUAAUAAUACUUGCAUUAAUAAUAUAUAUGAUAAUAUGAUACAAAAUUGUAAUACUAAAAAUGAUAUUAAUGUGGAUAAAGAAUAUUGUAAAAAUGAGAAGAAUGAUAAUAUGGAUGAUUAUAAUUUUAUGAAUAUUGAUAACGAUCAAAAGAGUAAUUCUCUUUUUGAUUAUGAAAGCUUGAAAAGUAAAUCAAAUUAUCAAGAUUUAACACAUGCGGAAUAUGAUUAUAUGAAUAAUUUAUAUCUUAAAAAAUGUGAUUUAGAUAGAAAAAUCAGAUGGUUCAAAAUGAAUAAUAUGCUGAAUCCAGUAAAAGAAGCGAAAAGUAUUAUAAAUUCUUUGAAAUUAAGUAAAGAAGAAAAGAAGAAAAAUAAUAAUGAACAGAAUGAUGACCCCUUUCUUAUUAAAGAAGAUAUAAAACCUUAUUAUCAAGAUGAAGGUAGAUUUUCAAAUAAAAUUGAAAAAAUAUGUGAGCAGAAUCAAUAUGAUGAAAUUGUAUCAAGAAUACGAAUGAAAAUAAGAAAAGAAAAAUUAGAAAAUUCAAAAAUAAUAAAAGAAAAAAUACCUAAUGUAGCUAAUCAUAUAUUAGAUCCUAUAAAAUAUCAUGUAAAUAGAAGAAGAAUAAGAGUAGAGAAACUUUUACAUACACAUUUAGAACAAUUAUUAAAUUGUAAUAAUUCAUAUUUUAGAUUUUAUCUUUUAAAUGGUUUGUCUAUUUCUAUUCAUCAUCUAGAAAUGAAAUCGACAAGAUCCAUGUGUAAAAUUGUAUAUUCCUUGUUAAAUAAAAAUGUCACACAUGAUAUGAUAAAAGACAAAUUAGAGAAAGUCGCAUUUGUAUUAAGAAAACUAUUAGCAAGAAAAUUACAGUUAGGUUAUACACCUCCUUUGAAAUUUAUACCUUUAAGUGAUCAACAAGAAAAAAAUAUUAAGCAUAUACAAUAUUAUAAAUUAUAUUCCAAAUAUAAUCAUCCUUCAUAUAUAUCUGAUAAGAAAGAUCAAACUACUAAUUUAAUUGACUUUUAUAAUAAAGACUUGGCAGGAUUUUAA